AUGGAAGAUCAUCAUCAACACACAAAAAAAAGAACCAAACACUAUCCACUCCCAACGAUCUUUUCGGAGAGUAAACAGAAAAAAAUCAAAACAGAGAGAAAAUUCGAACUUAAAACAGUCGCACAUGCUGUACUGGAAAAAAUUUGUGCCAAGAUCGAGCAAUCGAAUACACCACAAUAUAAUCCUUCACAAGUCACAGAUUUGCCAAAAAUUCAUGGAUCAAUUAUGCAAAAGAGGCUUCCUGACUGUUGGUGGGCAUCGCUUGGCCACAAGUUGGCGAAAAAAACUACCUUCUUUAGAUACACAUUGGAGGUGUUGAGUAUUGAGCUGUCUGACAAGCAAAAAAUUAAUAUUGAAGAAUCAAGUUUUUUUGUGUCUUGUAAAGAGUACCUGACUGUGCUUUCAGAUAAAACGUCUGAACAAACUCAAAAACAGCAGACCAUGCAAGAUUUGGCUGAUUUAUUAGAAACUAAAAAGAAAGAUUGGUUGGAAAAUAUUGUGCAAAGAGCUUUCUCUCCACAUACAUCCCAAUUCUGUAACGAUCCUUCAGAAUUGGCCUUUUGUGGACCUUUUGUGUAUCCUCUUUUUGAUUUUUGUGCGCUCUUUGAUAAUUGUUAUAGAAACAGAAAUGUGGAAAUUAAUGAGCAACUCAUGCUAUCUGAAUCACAAAAGCACAUGAAAAAUGCAAUUAGACACAAAACAGACAAGUAUCAUCACUUGUUGCACCCAGAUUUACCAAAAUUGGUUUUAAUGUGUCGAUUGGCACACUCAUAUUGUUUGCGCCAGUUGCUUCAUGACAACGUCGAACAAUGGCACAAUGAUAUUGUAACCAUUGGAAUAACUACUGACAAAGAAAAGGCAAAUGUAUAUGCAUUGUAUAGCGUGAUAGACGAUACUAUGAAAACAAGCAUCCAAGUUGAUUAUUCAACGAAGUUUUUGGGCAGCUUUUACCACACCAACAUCUCUCACCGAGUUCAUUUAAUUGCUCUCAUUUUGACAUCGAUGAAGAACAUCUAUCACAAAGAAAUGUGUCAAUAUUUGAGCACCAGAAGCCACAUUUCUGCAUCUGCAAUUUGUUCUGCUCAGUCCCAAAAGCAGAAACGAAUGGUCCACUUUGACCAAGAUAUUUACUCUUUCAUUCCAGACCCAACGUUUAAGACUGUGACACGUUAUGACAAAGAGAUUAUGAGAGGUAAACAAGUCUUUUUCAAAACAACCAGAGCCGAAGAAUAUUGGAAUGCAACCGUCGCCAUCACAAUGACGUGA